GCGGAGACAUUUGCGCUUGAAAAUAAUUUCAUUGUCGACGAUUUUCCUGCAGUACAAUCGUACCGGAAGCUAACGUUUGACAGAUCGUGCUUGACAGUUCUUGCUUCCUGCGCUCUCUUUUCGUUUGUGACUGAAUCGACGAGAACAUCAAAAUGGUGAACGUUCCCAAGCAGCGUCGUACCUACUGCAAAAAGUGCAAGGUCCACCGCGUACACAAAGUAACGCAGUACAAGAAGUCCAAGGAACGACAGGCUUCGCAGGGUCGUCGCCGUUACGAUCGUAAACAGAAGGGUUUCGGUGGUCAAACUAAGCCUAUCUUCAGGAAGAAGGCCAAGACCACUAAGAAAAUCGUGCUGCGUAUGGAAUGCGUCGACUGCAAGUACCGCAAGCAGACCCCACUGAAGCGCUGCAAGCACUUCGAGCUGGGAGGCGACAAGAAGCGAAAGGGACAGAUGAUUCAGUUCUAAACGCUGAUUUUGGUUGCUUGUGUAUUUCCAAUUGUAAGAACAUUCGUUAUAGAAACUGCUGAACACAACAGUUGAUAAAAAGCCCAGCUGAAGGAACCUUUUCCCCCUUUGGUGAGCAAGGGUUUCGGAUGUGACCAAAAAAAACA